GUAGACAAGGCAGCAAAAAUUCGGAAACCAUACGAACGAACAAAACCGACAUAUUCAUAUGUAUGUAUUUCGUAUUUAAUACGUAAGCAAUAGCCAUGAAAAUAAAAAAUAAAAAGGAGAAUAUGUAUACACAAACACUUAACCAUAUAAACAAUAUAAAGAGAAAAUGAGUUAGAAACCAAAAGGUGAAAAGGUAAAUUGUGAACAAAAUUUACAGCACGAAGCUAGUUAAUACAUGUACGAGCAUGUGUGAGAUAUUCAGCAAAAUACUGAUGGCGUUCAUUAAAAUGAAUAUUGUUUUUGUAGUGCAUAAUAAAAAAAAUAUUUUUAAGCAACCCACUUAUACUUGUGGCGUGCUUAUUAAACACAGCUGACAAAAACCAUAUGUACUAAUAUAUCAACGAAUGACUUUAGUCAAAAAUGAAAGCGAAAUUAAUGAAAGAAAUAACAUUCAAACAAUAAAGUUAAAAACUAUGUAUAUUUGAAAUGCAAAACUGAUAACUAGACUACGGAUAUUUACUUGAUUGAAGCAAGUAUGUAUAUAAAACAUUUAUUUUAUAUCACGUUCCGCAUUUCAAGACGUUCCUUCGGAUUUCUAUAGAUUAUGCUUAUACUCAUGUUUGGGUAAAAAUUCAACAGCACUCAAAAUUUGUUGUGUUGGAUAAGCUUUAAAAUUGUCGCGUAGAUGCGCUGCUCAAUCAUAUAGCUCCAAACGUAUCAAACGAAAUACAAACUCGAACUAAAGAUGGAUGCCGAACAUAUUUCAGUGGAGCUCUUAUUCUGUAUGGUACACACUGUACAAAAACAGCUAUCAAAAGUGGGUGAGUAUAAAAGUGGAGAAUAAUGUGAAACCUUGGAACAUGAAAGAGUAAAUUUUGCCAAAGAGAAAGUCACUUUAUUUCAGAUAUUUAUACGCACACAUAUACUCGUAUAUGUAUGUACAUAUAUAAUGAAAUACAUUCGAACGUGACUGACGCAUCACAAUUAUCCAUAGUCUGCUGCCAACGAAUAACCGGCAUUCGCCACUCAACAAAAAAAGAGUUUAAGUAAAGCUCUAAAACUUGAAGCAAGAAGGCAACACUCAAAUACAUCUUUCUUAUACAUACUAUACUGAUAUAUGCAUUUGCAAAAGUAUAUAUACAUACCUAUGCAUGCAUAACUGCACGGCUAUAAAUUAAAUACAUUUUAGUUUUUCUCUUUUAUUUAACUCUUUGUAAUCAACUUCUAAAAGCCGAAUAAAUGAUGAAAUGACAUACGAGGGCAGUCUUAGAUGAAUCUGGACUAACAAAGCAAAUAACAAGUAAGGAACCGAACUAUUAACACUCUUGCAAAUAUAAAGAGCAUGAAUUAUUUCGGUUCUGCAAAAACAUUAAACAAGUAAGAAAGAACUACAGUCAUAGGCCUAUAAUUAUAACCAUUAUAUAUUAACAAAUAUUUUUGCUUUACAAAUUUUACCAUUAAAAUAUCCAAUUCGAAAAUAGUUAUUUAGAAUUCAGAGAAUACUAACUGUCCUAGUGUUUUUAUCUUAGGAAUAGAAGGGAGAUAGGCAUAAUCUAAAGGAUACUUAAAUGUUUCAUUUAGCCGUACAAUGCCAGUAUCUAAUCUAAACAGAAUAGUUUUAUACCCAAUUAAAAUACCAUUCCGCUCUGCCAGGUAUUGCAUAUUUAAAAUCAUAUUGAAAGGCUGUUAUGAAGAAACUAGAGAUGGACAACAUCGAUCUCAGGUAUCGACAUCAGUGUAUACACAUGACAUUCCCAAGCAACUUUGGGAAUGCUGUUGGUACGAGACUUUAGCCAAAGCCACGACAAUUAUUUCAACGCACAGUUAACUUUUCAUUACAUUUCUACAUUUCGUGAGCCAAGUAGUACAUGCAGGAACAAGUAUAUUGCUUAAACAAAGAAGUCACAAUUUCACGUAGUUGAAAUGUUAAUUUAUAAAACAGCUUUACUCGCCAAAAGAAUCAUACAAUGCAUACACACAUAUAUAUGUAAAUACAUAUAAUAUUAUAGCAUUGUCAAAACGUUUCUGAUUUGUUACUCACGGCACAUAUUUCAUUUUUAAGUAGUCCUUCCAUUAAUUAGUUAAUACAGUUUUCCCAUAUCUGUAGUUAUCCAGCACAAACCCACAUUUAACCUUGCACUUUUCAUCUUUCUUUGUAAAAUUAAUACCUCCGUUUUGUUUUCAUAGACCAAUUGUCAUUACUGAUAAUGAGACGUUUGAUAGAAAAAAAAGGAAUUGCUACAUAUGACAGUACAUUUAGGGAUGCCACAUAUUUAAACUAAAACAAACUCUCAUUUAAAGGAAUUACAAAUAGAUGUUAACAUUAAUGUUACUAUUUUUAAGCCAUUUAGCACAAAAAAUUUGAAAGAAGAUUAAUUCAAGUCUUUGUAGUUAUUGAAACAAGAUUAAAUCAAGUUUUUGGUGAACAAUAUAUUCGUUAUCUUCCUAUACUUUGAAGAUCACUCAAAUAUUUCUGUAUGGCAACACUUCCUUAUGUGUCAUUUUUGUCUUUAUAUUACCUUUACUAUUUCUGCUUUAGCAUUUUAACAACUUGCUAACCUUUGAUAAAAAACCUUAUAUAUAAAAAAAAAAUUAAAAAAAAAGUUACCAAGAGAUAUCAAAAAUGGUUAUAAUUAUUAUUUUUAAUUAAUAAUUAAUAUUCGUUAAAUUUUGAAUAUUCUAUAAUUGUUACCACUAAACAAAUUAAAGCAUGCAGAAAAGUAAGCAAUCAACCAAUGAGUUCACCUCGUGGCUACAAAACAAGCUGACCGAGCUCAAUACGGAUCCUGAUGUCUUUGGUUCCUACAUAGCAGGAAUUCUUGACGGGGAAGAGACACUUGAUGAGAAGCGUGAAGCGCUCAAUGAUAUACUCAGUGAAAUCAUUACAAACGAUAUUGAUUCCUUGAUAAGUCUUAUUCUCGAAAAAUUUGAGUCAGCACAUCCUAAAGAAGAAAAGAAAACGGAUGGACACAUUGAUGUAAGUGAGCAAUUGGCCAAAUUAUUAGAAGCACAGAAACUUCCAUCAACCACAAAGACACGAGAGUAUACUGAAGAAGAACGUCAAAUACGAGAACAAAUAUUAGCACAAUAUUCUCAGACUGAAGUUGAAGACGUUGAUGCUUAUUGUUCCGAUGAGGAUACCGAAGGAUCGAAUGUUGCUUCUCUUGCAGCCAGUUCAUUAACUGGAAUCGAACGUAAUACCAAUUUUCAGGAUGUAAUGGCAUUGCAAAAAGAGAAGAGAGAGCAAGCACGCUUGGAUAGCGCCGCAAAAAAACAGAAAGACAAAGAAGACAGGGAGCGUCAGAAGCAAGUGCGUGAGGAAAAGAAAGAGAAGCGUAAAACUGUAAAAGGGGAGCGACGUCGGUAGUUUCAAAAUGGCUUAAUAACUUUAAUAAAACGCUCCUAAUCCAAAAAUAUACAUAUAUAUAUAAUUUUUUUUUAAUGCUUUCUUAAUAUUUUUAUACAUAGUAUAAAACAAAGUCGAGAAUAGCGAAUCAUACCUAAUAAAUUUAUUUAAUAUUAUUUGGAAAAAAGGAACUUCAAUUAUAUACAAGUAUAGUUAAAUUGUUAAAGAAUUUGUUAAGAAUUUUCUGUUUAAUAUUAUUCACAAAAUGUUAUUUUAAUUAUAUACAUACAUGGCAAGGUAUUUUUUGUUUGUCAAGUCUUAUAUUUGGAAUUAACCAACAUUUAUAUAAAAGCGUUUUAUGCUAUUAAGCAUAACCAUAUGCAAUGAAAAAACGAAAAAGUAUUCGAAUGAUUCAAUGUAGACGAUGUAUACCAAAAUUUACAAUUCUAUCCUUUACCUGAUUCAGUUGUUGAGCCAGUUUAAAUGCCAUGAAUAAGAUUUGUAAAUAUUUCUACACAAAUACUACAAUUCUUGUAUCACCGUGUUUAAAUAGAUAAAACAGUUUUAAUAAAAUACGCAAAUAUGCACUAAAAAAAAAUUCAUUAACAUCUAAAUACAUAUAUUCUGAGUGCAGAAAAUAUUUGGAUAAUGAGCAGAAAAUAUGUAUACACAUAUGUAUGUACAUACAUUGAUGUAUAAGAGCAAUUCUGUUGCAAGUUUUACAGUAAGUAAUAAUAGUAUAUAGUAUAAAUAUUUUGAGUUUUAGUUAAAGUCAAUGAUGCAACAAAAAUAAUUACUAUUUUGGAAUUGAUUGCGAUCGACUUUAACAACCUGCAAUAUAAAUACAAACUCCAGUUCACCUUAUCACUGUCCUCGAUUCUACAUAAAAUUUAAAAUUGUUGUUUCUUUAUGCUUCAUUAAUUCUCUUAACCAAUACAUGUAUUUGGUUAUCAGUAAAUAUAUAAGUUGCUGCGUUGGAGCACAUUAACCUUAUCAAAAUCAAAAACUUUCUUAUCAAUGUAUUUGUUUAUAAAAAAAAAGUAUACAAUAUAUAUAUAUUUUUGAAAAGUUAUCUCCACAUAAAAUACCCGUUUCAUUUCAUUACGAGUUAAGAGGCUUAACUCAUUCAAAUUUCCCAAAAUAUUUCCAAGCAGAAUGUUUUUAAAAUUAUAUAUUUUCUUCCCAUUACUUGCAGUUGUUGCAGCAUAUGAUAAAGCAGAGACAUCCGUUGUUUUGGGCGUAUAUCGUUUUUUAAUUGUGGACAAAUUAAAGUUACCGUGGGCCAAGGCAUUAAAAUACUGCGUCGACAUGAAUAUGACACUCUUGACUCCCAAUAAGAAAGAACGUACAGAAAAUCUAAGCCAAUUCCUUACUGAAAUUGACUUCGUUGAUAAACCAAAUAUUGGCAAUGAUUACAUCUAUUGGACUUCUGGUAAAUAUGAUCAAAAUCGUAAUGAAUUUAUUUGGUACAGCACUGGUGAACAGUUCAAUUAUACUAAUUGGUUGCCAAACCAGCCCGAUAAUUGGCGAGGUGAUGAAUUUUGCGUUGAAAUGGGAUUUCGUGAAGUAGGAAAAUGGAAUGAUAAUCGCUGUAUAUAUAAGCGACAUUUUGUUUGUGAACAUUUAAUAAAACUGUAGUUACAUUGUUAUUUGACUACUUUUACUGUAAUAUAUGUACACCAUAAAUAAUACUGUAAUAACCACAUAUUAAAAAUUUUGUAGUGUUCCUUAACUUUAAA